UACUAACAGCUCUUGUCUAAAGCUGCAUUUUAAGCACAGGAGACUCCAGUGUGGUCCUUUGAUUAAUGGGUCUGCAGAUAGAGCAUGUAAUUCAUGUCUCCUGAGGUGGGGAAAAAUAUUGUAAUGAAAAUAAAAUGUUGAAGGAAAGAAGGAUUUUCUCAAUUAAUAUCAGACCUCUGCAUUUACCAGAUUUGUUACUUAUUGGAACACGUAUUAGUAACCGAUCUCAUUUGAUAAAGCGCUAUUGGCAUUAAAAUAAUGUCCCACCACGUGCGUGCGCGUGUGUAUUUUAAUGACACAUGAUAGCUGAUUCAGCUGUAGAACUGAGAACAAAACACAUCGGUGCCGUGUUCCAGCGGGUGGUGCCUCGCAGGCUGAUAGGUGCUCACUAUAAAACCCCAAAGAGAGAUAUUGAGCGCAACUCAAACCAUCUGAAUGCAGCAACUUGAGGAUGAUGUUCCGUCGCACUCCACUUUUAUGUCACCCCGCAAAUCUGAAACCACAACAGAGAGGUGUAUUCAUAUGGGAAUAAGCCAGUAACGAACAAAAUGUUAUUUUUCACUGCAGCUGGAUCACUCAGAACCUCUGGUCAAUCCUGGAUUUUAAACUGACUUUGUUCACGGAGACUAUCUGGAAUAACUGUAAUGGCCAAGGUGUCAUUAAUACAUCUAGGAAUUUUGCUUUUUAUUGGACUAACAGUCGCAGUGGCCAACGGAUUUUCCUCAUUUCGUCAAGAUACGCUUGUGAAAAAUACCGCGAAGGAUUUAACCAGAAUAUCAAGAGCCACUCCUAAGCAGGUUGGUGAGGCUGAAUUAAAACCCGAAGCGUGUUAUUUCUGCCAACUUCUAAAACCACACAGGAGAGCCAAGAGAUGCACGUGUUACUCGUACAAAGACAAGGAGUGUGUUUACUACUGUCACCUGGACAUCAUCUGGAUCAACACACCAGAGCGUACUGUCCCAUACGGCCUGUCAAAUUAUAGAGGCUCUCAGCGGGUACGGCGUUCUGCCGAAGGCAGCGUAGGAGGUCAGCGCUGCAUGUGUUCUUUACACAGCGACCAAGAAUGUAAAACUUUCUGCAGUCAGAGGGGCAGUUCAACAUGACCGUCCAUUGGAGCACAGCAAAGCUAAUAUUCACUCAUCCGCUGGACUGCUUCUUCAUUCUUCUGUCCCAACACUUGGAGAAUCACCUCAGAGAAAAGGUUCACGUCUGUCC